AAGCAUAUUUAGCUGUUUUUUCGUGCUUUAAAAGUGCAUUCAUUGUUUUUCUUUAUUCACUUUCUUUUUUCUUUUUGUAUUCUUUAUAUCCGAUACUCUUAAACAAAAUAUGGAAUACGUUGUUCCUUCUAAAAGAAUUGUGUCCAAAGAAGACUUAGACGAGUUUUUGAAAUCAGAUGCUUACAAGGAAUACAUUGGAUAUAUUGAACGUUUAAACGAUUCUGUCAAAAAUUUAAAGAAUGAUGCUCAAGUAGAGAUCUCAAAGAAUGUACAGACCAUUCUUACAAUUUUAGAUACCUUGUCACGUUGGGUUAAAGAGAUCCCUCCAGUCGAAAAUUCAAAAUCUAGAUUUGGCAAUCCUGCUUUCCGUACAUUUUACGAGAAAGUCAAAAACUCAAUUCCCGAAUUAUUUAAGGAUCUUGUUCCUGAACCUGCCAUCAUUGAAGUCGGCAAGUAUUUCUAUGAAAGCUUCGGUAAUGAGAAACGAAUCGAUUACGGCACAGGACACGAAGCUAACUUUAUGGCAUGGCUGCUUUGUUUGGAAAAGUUAAAUGUGCUCACUGAGGAUGAUGACAAAGCAGUGGUAUUACGUGUCUUUACAAAAUACAUCAAGCUUAUGAGACAACUUCAAUUUGAUUAUUGGCUUGAACCUGCUGGAUCUCACGGUGUGUGGGGAUUGGACGAUUAUCAUUUUUUACCUUUCCUCUUUGGAUCUGCUCAACUUUUAAAUCACAAGCAUAUCAAACCAAAAUCAAUCCAUGAUAGUGAGACUGUGGAAGUGUUUUCUGAACAAUACAUGUACUUGGCCUGUAUUCAUUUCAUUAAUACUGUAAAAACCACUGCGUCAUUACGUUGGCAUUCUCCCAUGCUAGAUGAUAUUUCUGCUUGUAAGACUUGGAUUAAAGUGAACGAAGGUAUGAUCAAGAUGUAUAAGGCAGAGGUAUUAGCGAAAUUACCUAUUAUGCAGCAUUUUAUGUUUGGAAGUCUUAUUCAUUUUGAGGGAGGACAUGCGCAAUCGGACGAUUUGGAAGAUGAUUGUGGGCAUAUUCAUGAAGUGAAGCCAAAGGUGGUUGGUGAAGACGGUGUAUUUGCUUUAGGACAAGAAUACCCUGACUGCUGUGGCAUCCCAGUACCAAGUGCUAUAGCUGCUGCUGCGCUUAAAUCAAAACCUCGUCCCCUCCCAUUUGAUUAAACAAACUUAAAAGCUUUAUUAC